CCGCCCGCGGCCGCUAGCUGGCGUUGGGCGCGUCUCCCGUAGGUCCACGCCUGCCGAGCCCACGCUGGACCGGGCCGGGGCACCCGCGCGUUUGGGACUGUUCUCAGUAUUCGCUCACGGUCUUUGUAUCUUCUCUCCCGCCCCUCUUUCUCCGCCCGCCGCGAUGCCGCUGUCCCGCGUUGCCGCCGCCGCCGACUCGCUCCGCCCGCGGCGCGCUGCUCGCUGCGGCGGUGGCGGCGGCUCGUCUCCAACGCGGGCCUGAAGGAAGAAGAAGAGGAAGCGGAGCGCGCCCCCCGGCUCAUGCUGCAGCCACGGGAGCGGACCCGCCACGGCGCCCGCACCGCCGCCCUCGCCGGAGCCCCCGAGACCUGCAUGGACGGGCAUGGGCUUGAGAGCAGCACCUUCCUGCGCCGCCGCCUCCGCCUCCGCCGCUGCCGCCGGGGCUGAGCAGCGCCGCCGCCCCGGGCUCUGCCCGCCGCCGCUGGCGCUGCUGCUGCUGCUGCUGCUCUGCCUCGGGCUGCUCCACGCAGGUGACUGCCAACAACCAGCCCAAUGUCGAAUCCAGAAAUGUACUACAGACUUUGUGUCCCUGACUUCGCACCUGAACUCUGCCAUUGACGGCUUUGACUCUGAGUUUUGCAAGGCCCUGCGUGCUUAUGCUGGCUGCACCCAACGAACUUCAAAAGCCUGCCGUGGCAACCUGGUCUACCAUUCCGCUGUGUUGGGUAUCAGUGACCUCAUGAGCCAGAGGAACUGUUCCAAGGAUGGACCCACAUCCUCUACCAACCCUGAAGUGACCCAUGACCCUUGUAACUAUCACAGCCAUGCAGGAGCCAGAGAACACAGGGAAAGGGACCAGAACCCUCCUAAUUACCUGUUUUGUGGCUUAUUCGGAGAUCCUCACCUUAGAACUUUCAAGGAUCACUUCCAAACGUGCAAAGUGGAAGGGGCCUGGCCACUCAUAGAUAAUAAUUAUCUUUCGGUUCAAGUGACAAAUGUGCCCGUGGUCCCUGGAUCCAGUGCUACUGCUACAAAUAAGAUCACUAUCAUCUUCAAAGCCCACCAUGAGUGUACAGAUCAGAAAGUCUACCAAGCUGUGACGGAUGACCUGCCAGCUGCCUUUGUGGAUGGCACCACCAGCGGCGGGGACGGCGAUGCCAAGAGCCUACGUAUUGUGGAGAGGGAGAGUGGCCGCUAUGUGGAGAUGCACGCCCGCUACAUAGGGACCACGGUGUUUGUGCGGCAGCUGGGUCGCUACCUGACCCUUGCCAUCCGUAUGCCCGAGGACCUGGCCAUGUCCUACGAGGAAAGCCAGGACCUGCAGCUGUGCGUGAAUGGCUGCCCCCUGAGUGAACGCAUUGAUGAUGGGCAAGGCCAAGUGUCUGCCAUCCUGGGGCACAGCCUGCCUCGCACCUCCUUGGGUCAGCCCUGGCCUGGCUACACACUGGAGACUGCCAGCACCCAAUGCCAUGAGAAGAUGCCAGUGAAGGACAUCUAUUUCCAGUCUUGUGUCUUUGACCUGCUCACCACUGGUGAUGCCAACUUUACUGCUGCAGCCCACAGUGCCUUGGAGGAUAUGGAGGCACUGCACCCAAGGAAGGAACGCUGGCACAUUUUCCCCAGCAGUGGCAAUGGGACUCCCCGCCCAGGCAGCAAUUGGUCUGUCAAUCUAGGACUCACAUGCUUGUUUCUUCUUGUGUUUUUGUAGGGGUUGUCUUUUGUUUUUGUUUGUUUGUUUUGGGUUUGGUUUUGUUUUUGUCUAUAACAAAAUUUUAAAAUAUAUAUUGUCAUAAUAUAUUGAGUAAAAGAGUAUAUAUGUAUAUACCAUGUAUAUGACAGGAUGUUUGUCCUGGGACACCCACCAGAUUGUACAUAUUGUGUUUGGCUGUUUUCACAUAUGUUGGAUGUAGUGUUCUUUGAUUGUAUCAAUUUUGUUUUGCAGUUUCGUGAAAUGUUUUAUAAUGUCCCUGCCUGGGGACCUGUUAGCACUUUAUUUUUAUAUAUUAAAUAUUUAUGUGUGUACCUGGUUAAUAUGUAUAGUGCAUAUACACAGACACCAUACACAGCAUUUCCUUUGAAAGUGACCAGUUAUUUGUAACUAUUCUUGGCUGUUCCCACCUGCUCUCUCAUUGCUACUGAUUUGCCGUGGCGUGCGGUUUUCACUUGCCACCUCCUGGUGGAGCUGCCUCAUUUUUUGAAUUAUGUCCUUGCCCCUCCUUCUCCCCUCACUGACUUUGAAAAGAUAGUUGACUCCCUGCUUUCAGGUGCUUUUGGCUCUGUGGAACAUUGACCUUAAACAGCCUUCUUUCUCUCUAACUGCUGUCACUUUUUCAGAAGAUGGGAGGAAUAUUACUACAAUUCUUAACUGUUCUCCAUUCUCAUCGUUAUAUUUGAGCACAUACAGUGUAUUAGGUUGAACCAUAUGAAACUGCUGGUUUUGUAGGUCAAAACCAGUUUCAAAGGUAAAUAUCGGGCAUCUUGAUAGACGCCAGUAGCUUACAGACCUCAUCCCACGUCUGUUUAAAUUGUAGUUUUCCCCUCUUUUUAACUCUUCUGCAUUAAACAAAACAUGAAACCAUAAACUUAGUAGUAAUCAUGCCCUGCUCUUUUUUCCCCUAAUUUGUACAUGCCCAUGUUUUUAACCUUCUCUUCCUUGACUAUUUGGGCCCAGAAAUACGUCACUCCGUCUCCACUCCCAGUAAGCCCUCCCCAACCUCACCUUAUGAAUCCAAGGACUGGGGUUUGUUAGAUUCUUUCUCUAAUAUAGAAGCGCAGAUCCCAUCACAAAGUUUUCCAUUCUUCCUUGCCCGGGACUCCAUGGUCUUCCUCACAGUCUUUGACAUGUCUGUAUGCAUAAUGGGAAAGAGUAGGGUGUCAAUGACAAAAGCUUCCUUGGUCUGACUGUGAAGCUUACUCUGGGUGCUGGUUAAUUCAGACAUAUUCGUUAACUAAGUUUUGUGCUCCCCAAGUAGUCUCUGUUUUUUUAAUCAGAUACUCCCUCUCUUAACACCUAUAGUUGAAUAUCAUUUAAUUAGUUGCCCAUGUAACUUGGUGAAAUCCCUUUAGCGUAGUGUCCUUUCCUUGCCUUUUCCAUUUCAUUGUUGGCACCUCUUUGCAAACAGAAAAGAAGAACAAAAAGGCAGGAAGAGUAACUGAGAAAGUUAACUGCAGGAUAGGUAAGUUUAUAUUGUUAUAUCUAAAUGUAAAUGUUUGGUUUCAAGUAGUGAUACAGUUUGUACUUUAAUAAUUCAAGUUUACAUAAACACAAACAAAAGAUAAACUAAAUGCUAUAGUAACUUAGGCCAAGAUUAUGCUUAGUAUUAAUGGGCCAGGCAAUUUCUUUUGCCAUGUCCUAUUGAUCAGUGGCACUGCCUGAGGCCCAGCUGCAGAGGAUGUCAUUUUGUGAAGUUCCAUCUUUUAGUGAACUGAUACAUCAUCCAGUCAUAGGAUGGAGUUGUGAGUUCAUCCAGAAGUGGCAAACCGCUCCAUCUUCUGGUAUAUGAGAAUAAUCUUGGACAUUAUGGGAAAAUAAUGAAGGUAUCCUCCUUAAAGAUUCAACUCCAGAAAGUAGGAACCUAAACUUGUCAUCCUUUUAUAGAAGCUGGACUAGGUACCUACCUACACUCAGCUCUGAACUGCAGCUGCUUAUGUUCACCUAUGAAGCCAUGUACCAAGUUCAGAAGCUAUCGUUCGCUAGUGAUUUUGUUUCGUAAUUGAGUAGAAUGAGGAAGGAAAAAUACUGAGGAUACUGUUAACCACUAUUUUUGUGCAAAUUGUAGAAUAAUGAAGUAAAAGCAAUAGAAAUUUCUACAAUAUCUGGGCUUAGAGUGUAUAUGAUUAAUAUGCCUUUGUCCUUUUCAGGGAAAAUGAAACAACCGCCUCUACUAAUAGGAAAGAAAAUUGGGUUUUGCCAUGUCAUUUAUCUGGAAAGGAUGCUAAAAUCAUCCUGCGUUGCUAGUAUUAGAACCAGUGUAUUUAGCUAUUCUCCCGUUAUUAUCAGUGUCCCCGUCCCUACAGAUAACUUUCAGAAAUACAAAUACUUCUCUAGAUAAGGGCCAGGUUUAUUUUCUCCUGUUUUUCUUGGAUUUCUAGUGAAAAUGCUGCUUGCACAUGUUAGUUCCUGAAAUCCUUUUAUCCAGAAGAGUUUUGGGUUAUACCAACAUGUGGAUAGGAUAUAUCUGUUCAGAGGUCUCCUCGGAGAGGUUAAAACUUAAGGGAAAACACUGGUUUUCACAGAUGCUCCACAUGGCUGUCUUUAAAAGACUCAAUUUUUUUUUUUUUUUUUUUUUUGGUCCUCUUUGUUAUGCUUGGAAACCCCCCCACCCCCCGCCCCGUGUGUCGAGUCUUUGCAAAGAAACCUUUAGAUGUGGUUCAUAGGUAUAUGAAUACAUAUCUGUGUAAAACAGUGAGUGUGUAGUGUGUAAAUACUUUAAAUUAUUAUGCUAGAAAAAUAAAGUUACGUACCAUGCCGUGGAA